AAAUUGUAGAGUUAGAUAUUAAUGAAAUGAUAUUUACAAACAGUCUUAUUAAGAUGAAAUGAUAUUCUUAUCUUAUCUAAAUAAUUUGAAUAGAACAGAAGCAUUAAUGAUUAGAGUUUCGAUUAAGUCGGUACGCGACGCUGCAUCGCGUUAUCGGACCAUACUGUGCACGUACUAUUCUUCUAUUCUCACUCUCAAUCGGAGGAGAAAUUUCUAAAAGCAAGGAAAGGCAUACGGUUGUGUAUUAAAAAUGUGUGUUACUUUGCAUAGAGCUUAAGCUAUUGUACGACACGCAACAUCGUAUCACUGGAUAGUACUAGCUUAUUCCUCCACUCCCACUCUUAAUUGGAAUUAUCACUGUAGAGGAGUUACAAAGUUACUAUUCGAACAGUGUACACUUUUAUCCAGUUUUGCGGAUCUUAGGACAAGUUAAGUAUCAUGGCAACCAUGCGUAUCGGUCAAAUUUUCUUCGCCAGGUCCUUGCAAAUAAGCCGAAAACCACAACAGAUUAGGUCCAAUGUUAAAUACUAUUGCUGUCAUGCAUCAAACUAUGAAUUUAUCAAGGUUGAAACCAUGGGCGAGAAAAAAAAUGUAGGUUUGGUUACUUUGAAUAGACCAAAAGCACUGAAUGCUCUUUGUGAUAAAUUAAUCGCUGAAUUAAAUGAUGCAGUAACCAAACUAGACAGGAACAAUAGUAUUGGUGCCAUUGUACUUACUGGUAGUGAAAAAGCAUUUGCAGCUGGUGCUGACAUUAAGGAGAUGCAAAAUAAUACCUACGCAGAUACCAUAAGAGGUAAUCUCUUGAGCACUUGGAAUGAAGUUUCCAAAAUAACAAAACCUGUGAUUGCUGCUGUAAAUGGCUAUGCCUUAGGUGGAGGUUGCGAAUUGGCGAUGAUAUGCGACAUCAUCUAUGCUGGAGACAAAGCAAAGUUUGGGCAACCGGAAAUCACCAUCGGAACGAUACCCGGUGUAGGUGGCACCCAAAGAUUGACUCGCGUCGUCGGUAAGAGCAAAGCAAUGGAAAUGAUACUUACAGGAAACCAAAUCACCGCUGAAGAAGCAGAGAAAAGUGGACUGAUUAGCAGAGUCGUCCCAGCAGACAAGCUCGUUGCGGAGACGAUUAAAUUGGCUGAAAAGAUUGCCUCUCAUUCACAAAUGAUCGUUGCCAUGGCAAAGGAAUCCGUUAAUACGGCUUAUGAAACCACUUUGAAGGAAGGGAUUCACUUUGAGAAGAGAAUGUUCCAUGGUACAUUCGCGACGAGUGACAGGAAGGAGGGAAUGACUGCUUUUAUCGAGAAGCGACCACCUAAGUUCACAAAUCAAUGAAAAACGCCAUAUUGUUUACUAUUAAAUGUAUAACAAAAUAAGUAAACUAAUUUUUUUACUGAAUUUUAUAUACAUAUGUUAAAGGAGAUACUCUUUAAAUCUGUUAUCACGAGGAAAUGUUUUAAUAAACAUUUGUUUUGUGA